UAGAUCCUACAACUUUUAAAUUAACAAGUUUCAUUGAUGGGGUUAGUCGUGGCUCUUUCUGGACAUAUAUGCUAUCUCCGUCAUGUAAUUUUUAUGACAUCCCUCAAAGUACUUUGCCCAAAAGUUACGAUUAUUCCUCAAAUGACGUAACCUCUACUGUAAUGAUAGACAACAAAACAUUUAACGUUUCUAUUGUAACAUACGACGGUAAAGUCGGUUUUACCGUUGGUAUGGACGUAAUUGUUAGUCUGUUUCAGUUGGAGGUUGGUUGUUUAUUGUUAUUUACUAAAGGUUUUGGUCAUUUUUUCUAUUUAAAAGUUUUUGGAAAAAACGGUGUUGAAAUCAAUUAUCCUGAUGUAGAUGCUGAUGAGGCUGAAGUUCCACCCUUAGAUGCUGAAAACGAACCUGAUGAACACAUAGAUGGUUGUGUUACAACGUUUGUUCGUAUGGCUGGUGAAGAUUAUUUUAGAAUCCCUGAUCCUGUUUCACGCAAGGCUAGACUUGAUGAAGGCUUAAAGGAUUUGAACAUAAGAUUUUUGCAUAUGGAUCCUCCACUGCAAAUUACCAACGGUACAAGACGUGAAAAAAGACCCAACGGUCGUGGUUAUCGAUACGCUUUAACCUGUUGGAAGAAGUUCAUAAAAGCCGCUCGGAUUAAGGUCCGUGACCAGGUUCACUAUUCUUUUGAUGAAAAUGAGCAGGUUUUGAGUGUUGAGAGGGUUGUACCUUACGUUAAGCAGAUGGAACAGGCUGCUGUCACACUUUUGAAUAAUGUUGAUCUUAAUGUUGAUGAUUACACCAUCAGAAUCCGCAUUGUCAGGCUAUGGACAAGACCUACUUUCAAUAAUCCUAGAAAGAUUUAUUGCUACGACAUGAUAUUCAUGGACCAGGAGGGUACGAAAAUGCAGGCCUUUGUUUUACAGAAAAACACUACUGGUUAUGAACAUUUGCUGAAAGAAAAUCAAUGUUUAACCAUUCGUAACCCUUCGAUGGGUGAAAAUCGUCAAAAAGUCAAAUAUGUUCAUACUUCGUUCAAGAUCAAUCUAAAUCCCAACACUACUGUCCAAGAAUGCAAUGAGCCUGUUGGUGCUGAAUGGGGAUUUGACUUUUCUCCAUUUGAUUCUAUUGUGGAUGACCCUCUAGAUGAUAGCAAGUCUUUCAAAAGCCCUAUUGAUGUUAUCGGUUUUGUUGUCAAGUGUCUUCCGUCAGAUGAUAAGAGUGAUAAUAAUAACGGCAAAGACGAGAAGAAGACAACCUUUAUUUUGGAAGAUUUGCAACACCAUCAGAUUUACGUCACGUUAUGGGGUUGUUAUGCUGAUCAGAUUUUGGAUUUUGAGAAAAACAAUAAGGACGAAAAGAAUGUUGUGGUUGUUGUUCAGUUUGGGAAGUACAGAUUUUGGGGAGGUAAUAUGUAUGUCUCAAAUUUGUAUAAUGUAACUCGAGUCUUGAUAAACUCUGAGGUGAAAGAGAUAAUGGAUUUCAAGAAAAGAUUUAUCGAGAGACUUUCUCCCGAGAUUUCUUCCAGUUAUUCUGGCUUAAGUUCUCCUGUUGUGAAGACUGUCACUGAAGAGUUCCUAUCUGACUUGACGUUUUAUCCCAUUGGGUCGUUAAACUCAAUAGAUACGACGAGGUUUGUUGUCAUUGUUGGCACUAUCAAGAGUUUUGCAUCGAACAAUGAGUGGUUUUACAACGCCUGCACAACCUGCAACAAAAAGGUUUCAACAACUACUGUUGUUAAACAGAAGCAGGAUGAUACUGAUGGUGUUGAAGAGGUCACUGUCUUGGAAUGCAAGACUGAUGUUUGUAAUACAAAGAACGUUUCAUCAGUUCCAAGAAUUAGGCUUUAUAUACGUGUGCAAGAUUGUACUGGUAUUGUUAGCCUGACAUUGUUCGAGCGUGAGGUGACAAAGCUUUUGAAGGUUAAUGCUAAUCAGCUUUUAGACAACAACAUUGAAUUAGCAAACGAAGGAAGUUUUCCAAAUGAGCUUAAUUCUUUACUCAAUAUGAAGUUUGCGUUCAAGAUUGCUGUUUCUUCUUUUAACAUUACCAAAAAGUCUGAUGGCUACUCAGUCUCCAAGAUGACUAAUAACCCUGUCGUUUUAUCGGAGCUUGAUAUAACAUUUUGA